UAAUUAUUGAAGGAAUGAAAACAGGGCUUUCAAAACUUUUUGAACUUCAGCCUGAUCCUUACGACAAUACACAAUCAAAGUUUUUACGUAUUUGUUUGGUUUGUUUGUUUAAUUUUAUCGAACCAAGUCUGGGCCAAAAUUCGUUUACAAAUGUUGAAAAUGCUUCUGAAUUGAGAGAAUUUGUUAGAAAAGGCGAAAUUGACGCAGCCUUAAUUCGUGCAGAAUUGCUUCUCGAACCCUUUGUUUUAUUAGCCGCAGCAAAUAGAGCAGUCCAUCAAGCAGCCCAUAAUCGAAUGAUUACACGCUCUCUGAGUGCCGAAUUAAUUUAUUCUUUGUCUCCAAAUCGAAAUAUUUCUGAUUCUUUAAAUACUUUUGGAAUAGCCGAAAAUAGCCAAUCCCUGGUUGUUGCUAUUUUUGAUGAUGUUAAAGGAAAGAAAAUGAUAUCAAUAGCUAAAAGGAUUAAAGGCACCCCUGUGUCUUUUGAAUUACUUCGAGAAAUUUCUGAUUUGGGGUCGAUUAAACAGAUUUAUCAAUUGCCAGAAUUAGAUGUUAACGGAAUUUCGAUGAGCGAUUUAAUUGUAAGCAGAAUAGUUACAAAAGAAAUUGUUUAA